AUGGCAGGGCGAAGCAGUGCGGCUGCGAGGAGCACCCUCGUUGCACAGCGAUUCCCUCCCCCCUCAUGUGCUCGCCCCCUCAUGUGCUCGCCCCCUCAUGUGCUCGCCCGCUCAUGUGCUCGCCCCCUCAUGUGCUCGCCCCCUCAUGUGCUCGCCCGCUCAUGUGCUCGCCCCCUCAUGUGCUCGCCCGCUCAUGUGCUCGCCCCCUCAUGUGCUCGCCCCCUCAUGUGCUCGCCCGCUCAUGUGCUCGCCCCCUCAUGUGCUCGCCCCCUCAUGUGCUCGCCCCCUCAUGUGCUCGCCCCCUCAUGUGCUCGCCCCCUCAUGUGCUCGCCCCCUCAUCUUCACUGCCCGCACGCACCUUCCGCACGCACCUUGUUGGCCCACAUGAGCCCGCAUGCGUUGCAGAGGGUGCGCGGCCCCUGCGGCCCGCGGCGCAUCAUGGGGGUGGCCUUCUCCCCCGUGCCGCAGUGCUGGCAGCUGCACGGUAGGGGGGGGAAGAGGGGGGCACGCAUGGUGGUGGGCGCAUCAUGGGGGUGGCCUUCUCCCCUGUGCCGCAGUGCUGGCAGCUGCAGCGUGGUGGUGGGGGGGGGGGGGGGCAUGCAUGGUGGUGCGAGGGAAGGACAUGCAUGGUGGGAGGGAGGGGCAUGCAUGGUGGGAGUGGCAUGCAUGGUGGGAGUGGCAUGCAUGAUGGGAGUGGCAUGCAUGGUGGGAGUGGCAUGCAUGAUGGGAGUGGCAUGCAUGGUGGGAGUGGCAUGCAUGGUGGGAGGGAGGGGCAUGCAUGGUGGGAGUGGCAUGCAUGGUGGGAGUGGCAUGCAUGGUGGGAGUGGCAUGCAUGGUGGGAGCGGCAUGCAUGGUGGGAGCGGCAUGCAUGGUGGGAGCGGCAUGCAUGGUGGGAGCGGCAUGCAUGGUGGGAGCGGCAUGCAUGGUGGCGGGGGGAAGGGUCGUGCAUGGUGGGAGGGGCAUGCAUUGUGGGGGGGGCAUGCAUGGUGGGAGGGGCAUGCAUUGUGGGGGGGGCAUGCAUUGUGGGGGGGGCAUGCAUUGUGGGGCGGCAUGCAUUGUGGGGGGGGCAUGCAUUGUGGGGCAGCAUGCAUUGUGGGGGCGGCAUGCAUUGUGUGGGGGAGGGAAUGA